AUGCCUGCGAGACCGGAAGCGGCCAAACCGAUGAAGAGGAGGCGUGUGAAACGCUCUCAGGAGGCCAAAAGUCGUCGUAGGGAGAAGCAGCGAUACCAGCAGCGUCGCCGAAACGACGAGCGCGUCAAGCUGGAUGCUCAGCUGAGGAAGUUGGAGAGGUGGGCUGAGAGCACUAGAGCAGUCUGGAAUUUGAAUGAUACAAUAGGGUUGACGGAUGGCACGGCUCGGCCAGGAUUAUGUCCUUGGGGUAUCCCGGAAGGCCCCCCGACCGAGCUUCAAUGUGAUCUGCGUGAGGCAUUAGGUAGAACUAUUGACGAGAUUGAAGUGAGCGAGGCGGGCCGUUUUGUGGCUAGGUGGAUACAGCUCCCGAGAGAGCAACAGGGUGGAUUCGAUUGGUCAGCGGUUGAAAAAGAAGUUGAGGUAGCAGCUGAGAAGUUGAGAGGAGAAUGGCUCGCCUCUCAGACCCUUAUUGUUACGUGCCCUGUCUAA